AUGUCUGAUAAUCCUCAUCCGAACUUGAUGAAUAUGCCAGAAUUCUUCUUGAAAUCAAUUCUCAACAAACUGGAUGUUCAAUCAGUACAAACUAUGCGAAAAGUGUCACCAACCUUUCGGUAUUAUGUCGAUCACUCGAGACUGGAUUCAAGAAUUCUGAAGAUUGAAGUGUUCUUACAAAAUCCCGAAAAAAUAUCUCUUGACCUCAAAACUGCGAAUGAUCUUUUCGAAAUCGAAUAUCUGAAAAAUGGGGAAAAUGGAUGCUCUGUGAAAUAUCGGAAUACGAGGAAAGAAGUGACUGGUCAAAAUAUUGCAACGACACUGGGAAAUGAUUUGGGAUUGAUACUCAAAAAACAACUCUCUGUAGUGAAAGAGUUCAGUCUUAUGUGCAAUGAGAGCUGUCUCACAACAAUAUGUGACGAGUUCGUGGGAACGUUGUCAGGUCAAUUGGCCGAACGGGAUUCUCCAUUCAAACUGAAGACUUUUUCUUGGGAAGGUUCUAUUGAUGAAGGUCAAAUAAUUCCCCUCUUGAGUCGUUUUGAUCCAAUUCACAUUAAUAAGAUUGAGUUCCAACGUCUAAAUAAAAGCAGUGAACCGAGACGACCCCUUGAUGUUAAAGAAAUCUUGAAUUCGCCACAAUGGGGCAGAAUAAAGGCAUUUGAGGCUGUUGGAUUUGUGGUCCCUAAUCAAAUGAGACACUUCACGCAUUUAACAAGUGCCAAUUUUAUGAUAGAGACUGUCACAACAGAAGAUAUUAUGACUCUGAGACAGACUGCACUUCAGACCACGAGGUUCAAUGAGUUCAGCUUUUCCUACGUAAAUUUCACUGACGAAACUCAACUUUUCGGUCUAUUCGGUCAGCCUCAUAGGACUGAGGGCAUGAAGAACAAAUGGUUCUACAAAUAUCCGGGAGGUCGAGAUGCUCUGCUGGUCAUUUGGGAAACAAAUCGCUUUAAGUUUGCUCAUAUUCAGCCAAGAUCUUUUGAUAAAUUCGGAAUUCCUAAACAUGACUUGGUUGUACUUUGA